UAUAACUUGUGUGAUUGAUUAUAUAAACAAGGAGAGAGGAGGGGGAGGAGGAGAGGGAACCACGCAAACACUAGCCUCUACCUUGGAGGGAAUGGAUAAGAGGGUGCUAGAGCUCCAUGGGCUGUGGAGCUCCAGAGCUACCAGAUGGGCUCCCAGGCGCCGUGGAAUGCUUGGGACGAAAGGGCAGCAAUGCGGUGUAAGGUGGUUAGGGUCGUCAUCCUCGUCCGCCAUGAAUUGCACUGCACCAGCAGCAGCAGUAGCAGCAGCGCCAGCAGCAGCCAAGGCGGCACCUUACCUCGACGACGCAGCACAACUCAUCAAGAGCGUCGAGACUUUCAUUUUCGAUUGUGAUGGUGUGAUAUGGAAAGGGGAUAAGCUCAUCGAGGGCGUGCCCGAGACCCUGGAUAUGCUCAGAAGAAUGGGAAAGCGCCUUGUUUUCGUCACGAACAACUCUACAAAGUCGAGGAAACAAUACGGGAAGAAGUUUGAGACGCUGGGGCUCAACGUGAACGAGGAGGAGAUCUUUGCUUCGUCUUUUGCCGCGGCCGCAUACUUGCAGUCUAUAAACUUCCCUUCCAACAAGAAGGUCUACAUUCUCGGUGAAGUUGGAAUACAAAAGGAGAUGGAGCAGGCAGGAAUAAACUUCAUCGGUGGCCCUGAAGACGCUGAUAGGAAGAUCAAUCUAGAACCGGGGCAACUAAUGGAACAUGACAAAGACGUUGGUGCCGUUGUUGUGGGAUUCGAUCGAUACAUCAACUACUACAAAAUCCAGUAUGCCACCCUGUGCAUUCGAGAGAACCCGGGGUGCCUCUUCAUCGGUACAAACUGCGACGCUGUUACGCAUCUGACAGAUGCACAGGAGUGGGCUGGAGGUGGAGCCAUGGUUGGCUGCAUCAAAGCCUCCACCAAGAGGGAGCCGCUCGUCGUUGGAAAGCCUUCGACUUUCAUGAUGGAUUAUCUGUCCAACAAGUUUGGCAUCUCCAAAACGCAGAUUUGCAUGGUGGGAGAUCGAUUGGACACGGAUAUUUUGUUCGGCCAAAACGGUGGCUGCAAGACGCUUCUGGUCUUGUCGGGUGUGACGACCUUGAAAACUUUGGAGAGUCCGGACAACACGAUUCAGCCGGACUAUUACGCGAACGGGCUUUCCGACUUGCUCAAGCUUGCGAAGCCUGUGGUCUAAGACACAGAGAGCCAUGCAAAAGCAUGGAAAUAUAAUCCAUUCACAGCGAUUUUAGACAGA